AUGAGUUCGAAAAAUGAGGAAGUUGACAUGGAAUUUUCGUUUAUUAAAGAGGAUAGCGUAAGUCAACAGGAGAAAGUGAAGGCAUUCUGGAAGUUUCUGGAUACUCAGAAUUUGCAUCUGCAAAAAGGUAUAUUGGAGUGUGAAUCGCCAUCAGAAACGUCGGUAUCGAGCGUGGAAGAAAUUAUGAAGGAGAAGGAUAUUUGGCGCAAAGGAUUGCAAGUCUUCCAACAACUCGGUCUAGAUAAAACCGCUCUCGCAACUGAUAACAGAUGCGGAUUCUGCAGCUUUGCUCAUAAAACAAAAUACGAAGAUCUGGCCGACACGGUGACGCAGCCAUAUGAGGAAUUGAACGCUGACAUAGAAGCCUUCGAGCAGCGUCAAAAAAACCGUGACUUGAUCCUUACUCAGCGUGAAGCAUUUUAUGCUGCCGACAAAUCAAAUUGCAACUCCAAUGUAAAAAAAUCUAAUUUGAGUGACUGA